CGGAACCGGAAGUGUCCGUCGGCGCAGCAGAGCCGAGGUUGCCGUGGUAGCGGGAGGGAGGGAAAAACGGGGGUUUAGGCCCUUCUUCCGGUUCGGAGGAGUCCCGGGGUUGCCGCUUCUCGGGUGCCAUGGACAUGACGGACAUGUACGACCAGGCCUUGCUGGGCAUCCUGCAGCACGUGGGCGACGUGCAGGGCUUCCUCCGCGCCCUCUUCGGCUUCUUGUACCGCAAGACGGACUUCUACCGCAUCCUCCGGCAGCCCGACGACCGGCUUGGCUUCCCCCCCGGCGUGGCGAGGAGCAUGGCCCUCCAGGCUUUCAAAAACUUUGAACAUCUUGCUCGUCAAGAUGAUGAGAGAAGACAGCAAGAGCUGGAGGAAAAAUUAAAGAAAAGAGAGGAAGAUAUGGCAGCUGCAGGAGAGAGAAUGAAGGUCCCUGCUGUAGCAGAGGAAGUUGAGCUGAGUUCAUCCGGAGAAUAUGACUCUACGCUGGAUGGUGGAAAGGCUGUGCGGUCACAGGACCCCAUGCCCACAGAAGAGAAAGUAGAAACAGAAGCCAUGAUUGCAUCAGUGGAGCCACCAUUGGCUGUUGCUGCUCCCAUAGAGGCCAAGCCAGCAGAAGUGCCCAGGAAACAGGAGCAGUUCCAAGCAGAUCCUGACAGUUACAAUGGAGCUGUGAGGGAGAACUAUUCAUGGUCGCAAGACUACAGUGAUGUAGAGAUUAAAGUCCCGGUGCCCAAGCACAUCGUGAAAGGCCGACAGGUUUCUGUAGACAUUGGCAGUAGUUCAAUUCGUGUUGCAGUGCUGGAGGAAAGUGGGCACCGUGUGCUCAUGGAGGGCACCCUUAUUCACAAGAUCAACACAGAAAACUCUGUUUGGAGCCUGGAACCAGGAAAAUGUGUCCUAAUUAACCUCAGUAAGGUCGGUGAAUACUGGUGGAGUGCCAUUUUGGAAGGGGAAGAGCAGAUUGACAUUGGCAAAAUUAAUAAGGAACGCUCAAUGGCUACAGUAGAUGAAGAAGAGCAUGCUGUGCUGGACAGACUGUCUUUUGACUACCACCAGAAGCUGCAAGGCAAGCCACAGAGCCAUGAGAUGAAAGUCCAUGAGAUGCUCAAGAAGGGCUGGGAUGCUGAGGGGUCUCCCUUCCGAGGCCAGAAAUUUGAUCCCUCCAUGUUCAAUAUCUCUCCUGGGGCCGUGCACUUUUGAUGAUGGCCACGAAGGGGAGAGAAUCACCUCCGUGUUUGGGAGCCAAGGGUGAAAUCAAGCCACAGCUCAACUCCUUCCGCUUUCUCCACGCCAAGGAGCCCCUUGGUCCCGCCGAUGUUCUAUGGGCUCGUUUUGUAAAAUGAGAGACUGUUUAAAUGGCCAGAGUGUGAGUUUUGUUUUUUUCUGGAGGGGGGGCUGAGAAGGGGAGACGUCAUGCGAGCAGGGAGGGUGGGUCCAUCCCUUCUUCCAGCACUGGCUUGGUGCAUUUGAUAUGUAUGUGGGGGAAACCUAGCGCAAGCAGCAUUACGUACUGUGUCACCAAGGCAACCGGUGGCUGCUGGUAGUGUUUCCUCUUCUCUCUUGUUAAUGGAUUCAAUUGCUGUUGCAGGGAGGUAGGUUGGAGGCAGCUUUCUUCUUCCCUCACCAGAUUUCAGAAACAGAUGCAGUUGGGUGAAAAUGGUGGCAGCUUCAUUUGCUUGUUCAUUAUGUGAAGGUGGCUCCUCUCCCGCCCCCAUCCCAUCUUUAGGCAAACUACUACAUUAAUGGCACUGGGCAGCUCCACCUUAUUUAUACAGCCACAAUCUGCAUUUGGUGUCAUUUUGGCAGCAUCUAAAUUGUUAGAUUUGGCCCUUGAGGCCCCCAGAGCGGAAGAUAAAUGUUGCAGGCUAAAAGGAAUAGUAAAACACAGAACAGAAGGUGACACUUGAAAUAGCUAUAGUGUGUAAAGCACAAGCAUAGGAUUUUUUUCAAGUGUAAAGCCAGAGUACUUUCUCCUGAUUUCUGUUGCUGGAUGACUUACAGAUAUGCAGCUCUGUCCCAAUCUCUAUAGAUUCUAUUCAGUUCCACUGUCGCAAAGCUUCUGAAGUUGCACAUCUUUUUAUCUCCCUAUCACAUGUGUUUCACGUUUAUCAGACUUUAAAAAAUUAGCAAGUGAGGGCCCAGCCGGAUAAUGGGUUACAGAUGUGCAGCCACCUGCCCCUUCUGUGCUGUGCUCUCUCCUCCCCUUAUCCACUGUUUGCCCCAGAAGAAAAGAAGCCAUUCAUUGCAGUUACUAUUUUAUUUUUACUGGGUAGGGUGCCAUGUCACAGGUCUGAUUGCCCUCCUCUUCUGUGACUACACAAAGAUAAAAGAAAAAAGCAGCAGGUAGGUGAAAGGCAUUCACACAUUUCCUUUGGAAUCUGGUUUGCCUCUUAAUGCAUGUAGUAAAUGUAGAUUUGGGCAGCCAAUUGAUGGCAGUGCUUGAGCUGAAAAAGUCAACAUGGAUAAUUUUCCUGCUAUGAGGGCCUUUUCUUUAGAGUCAGUGUGUGUCAGGAGACAAAGAGUGGGGUUUAAACUCUUCCACAUAAUCAUGUUUUUUGCAAGAGGAAGGAAGCUCUAAUCUUACUCUUUGUGUAAGUAUUCAAAUGAAGUGUUACCAUGCCAAAAGAAAUCACCAGACAGUGGCUUCAGAUUGUUGACUUUUUCCCUUGGUGCACCAUUUGAUUUGAAUACACCUAUUUCUGCUUAUUCUAACAUCAGCAGACAACCUCAAGCAGAUUAAGGAGAAAUAUGUUUGGAAAUGUCAAGAGCAGUUUUCAAGAUUAUUCUAGGGCAGGAAGGGCAGCACCUGACCCUCCAAGUGUUGGACUGAAGUUUCCAUCACCCUUCAGUGUACUGGCUAGGGCACAUAGGAAUGGUAGGCUCCAAAAAUCUGAAGGGCCACAAUUUGCCAACUGCUAGCCUAUGGCAUGUAUAUCUUCAAGCUUUGUUAGUUUCAUCCGUGAUCUCUUGGUAAAUAGUAUUUUAAAGCGACUUGGUUGUGAUUGACAAAUAAGGAAAAUGGUUGUGGCAUAUUUAAUAAAAACUGGAACUAAAGUCAGAUGUUCAAGAACAGCUUAGACACAGCUUGAGUUUAAUUAAGAAGGCCUUUCAAUAGGUGUGCUUUGCCGUCAGACAUUUGUAAACAGUUGGAUGUUUCCAGAUUGCUGCAUCAGCUAUUCAGUGCCAAAAAUGGGGCAAAUUGUAGAUAAAUCCUCUUGACUUUUGAAUAAGUAAAUGUGGAAACCCUUGCAUUUUCAAAGAAGUGGGAAACAAGCUUGACAAUGGAUGGCUAGAAGAGGUUUUAGUCCGAUAUCUCCUGCCAUUGUGAGUUUUAAAGAAAUGUGGUCAUGACAGAUCAAUAGGCAAGAUAAGAUGGCUUAUAUCUGACUGCCAUUUAAAAAAUGAAGGCAGUAGAAAUUAGCAGUUGGGUUCUACAGUACUAGGAAGCUUGCUGCCUUUCAGCAAAAGUUAACUUAUAGGUGUCAUCUGCACCUGGCCUGAGUCAUUUGGAUUCAGACUCUGGUAGAAAUAGUUAUGCAUCUCAAUGGUGUUUGUAUUUUUAGCUUUGACUGUUUUCAUAGCAGGCUCAUCCUGUCAUCAUCUGCUUAGCUUCAUUUUUGAGGCAUAUAAUUUAUUUCUUCUUUACUCUUCCUUGAAUAAAUUAAAUAUUGCAAUACUGAUAUUGUAUAUACUUCAUUAGAUUGGUUGUGAAGAGUAAAGGGCCAGGGGGUGAAUUCUGAGAAAUGUCCUAGCACUGAGAAGGCCAUUCAGAAGAGACAACAUGUAAAAUGCAAGUGAUAGCCAAUCUUGGCAGGGAGCAAUUGUUCUGUUUUGUGUUUUCUCACACACUCCAACCCAUGCUAUUGGCUGUUGGGAGGGCAGAAAAGGGAGUGCGAUUUGAGUAUCUGCUUUUAGAGGAUGCUCUUGCGUGUCUUUUUUUUCUUUAGGAGUAAAAGUAAGCAGAGAGAGAAGCACCUGACAUCGUUGCCAGUCCCUGCCAAGAUACUGUUGGUUCUCAUUGGUUCCGCAUCAUGACACUUUGUCUUUUGAACAGGUUAUUUCAUGCUUGUUGUAGCCCACGUCCCAAACAUCACGUUUUGAAGUGAUCUGCUUUCUCUCUACAUCUUGACCCUAAAAAAACACACACACAGCAGCAAUGUUUCAUUAUUCUGGUGUGUAAGAAGGAGAGGAAAGGCAGCUAAUGGUUCUCCUCAAAAGAAGGCAAGCAGGGGGCAACAGGGUUGAGCUACUGAUCAGCAUGCCUCCUUUUUAAAUAAUAAUUUAUUGUUUCUAAAGCACCUACAAAUCAACUAGGCAAGGGUUGUAAGGUUUGUCUAAGGAACUGUGGGUGGUUCUCUAGCAGCUCACUUGCUGUGAAGAGUUUAGUUGGACUUGGCAAGACUUUAGCUCCCCUUUGGCUUUGUAACACAUUUGUAUGUCAGCCUCCCUCCCUUUCAGCUUUCUGUUGUUGAAUGUGACCCUAAAUCUUAGGAAUAUGUUUGUGAGCAUCAAACUGCAGCCAACUGGGUUUUGGCUUCUGUAGGAAUUGAGCACCCUGCAACUCUCAUGGACUCUGAGUAUAGCUGGGAAGAUGGCUUUGAGAACUCUCCAGGCAGGAAGAUCCUCAUGGAAGCCUUCCUAUAGGCAUCCCACCUUCAACUUUAGGAAUUAAAGAGCGUUGCUUCAUUCAAUAUGUCUUGUCCCAACGUUUUUCCAUUUUAGUAGAAAAGGCAAGGAAGGACAAGGUACAUCAGAUCACUUUAGCAGUUAUGUACAGCAGGUUUAAACUGUGUUAAAUCCUAGGAAAAAAUGGGUGACACUUUCCCCAGAAUACCAGCAGGAGCCAUGCAUUGUACCGAAGCAAAGGUGGGAAAGGAUGUGCUGAAGAACCUCAAUGUCAAUAGCUACUGAAAUUUUUCUUGGGUGAAGCUAGCAUGUUGCCUUUCUCCAGAAUUAAGUUCAAAGAGCUCAUCAUUCUUGUCAUAUUAUUUUUAUUUAAAUCAACAAAAGAAAAAAUAAAAUCUGGACAGUUAGACCCAGCAAUCGAAAUCAGUCCGCAGAAGUGAUUACAUAUGAAAAGAUGCAGCUUGCUUUCAAUGCAUAAUGUCCAGGUCAACCCUUGUGUUGAGCCAGUUUGUCAAGCCUUGUAUUGAUACAAAGCUGUGGGACGCAGACUUUUUUGUUUGUUUGGAUCAGACUGUUCCCAGAAUAAUUCUCUUCAAUGUGCACCCAGCACGCGCCUUUUGCUGGUCCUACUUGUCUUGUAUCACUUCUCAGUUAAUUUGUGACACUGCUUUUAAGCCAUGUAUGUCUGGACAAAUCUGCUAUGUUUGUGAGUCUCCAAGACAAACACUGCCCUUCAGUUCUAUGUGGUAGUUAUUUAGGGACUUGAUUAACCUAAAUCUAAGUUGGGUGAAUGGGGUGCAGGUUUGCUAAGUACUUUGUCAUGUCUGAGUAAGCCAGGAAUUGUAUAGGCUUGGACUAAGUACUUAAAUGUUUCCUUCUCAGCUCAUCUUCUCCUUUGUGAAAUGGAUGAUCUUUUCAGCUGUUACUAAUGCUACUCUGUUCCAUUUUGGUUAUUUACAAUAACAAGCUACACAUUGCACUUGGAAUAGGACAGGACUGAGGUUGUCAGAGAGAGCUAAAAACAGUGAUCUAGAACUGGCAUUGUAUCUGCUUACAAUGAUAAUAAAAAGGUUUUGAAUUGUU